AUGUCUGACGAUUCCGAAUGGGUCAAGCUGUCUACGAUUGACAAAAUCGAGCAUAAGGCAAUUUUCUUCCUAAGUCAAUGGAAAGCGCGAAUGGCGGGCUACGAUGAAGCUAUCAAAUUGUUCCAAACACAGUCUUCAGAAAAAAGCUAUGUGUUUGGGGACUAUGUUGGGUUAUUGAAGAAGAUGGUCACUGAUAGCAAUGCAUUUGCUCAAGAGAAAGCUCUUGAUGUGGUCUUAGCGUUUGUAGAAAAUGCAGCUAUCGCUCCUCGUGCUGCCCCUGAUGUGUGUGCUGGUAUAGUAAGUAAAUGUAUGAAUGCCUCUCGUCCCAAAACCAAAGAAAGGGGGGCAGAAAUUCUUCUCUAUUACAUUGAACUGGAAAAAACAGAUGUUGUUCUUGAGGAAGUAAUCAAAGGUCUUUCAGUUAAGCAACCAAAAGUUGUGGUGGGUUGCCUCCAGACUCUUCGGACAGCCCUGUCGCUUUUCGGGCCAAAAAUUAUUUCCAUUAAGUUAAUGCUAAAGGAUACUCUGAGGUUGUUGGAAGACCGGGAUCCAAAUAUUCGAAACGAAAGCAAGGAGUUAGUCGUAGAAAUGUUUCGAUGGGUAGGAGCACCGAUCAAAAUCCAGUUGUCUAGUCUCAAACCUGUGCAGCUGACAGAACUUGAAAAUGAGUUCGCUAAGUGUUCUGGCCAAAAGCCAGUGCCCACUAGAUACUUGAAAAGUCAGAAACCGAAAGAUUUGCCUCAGCAAAACAAUAAUGCAGCGGCAACAGAAAAUCCUGCUUUUAACGACGGUGAAGACGUCGUCGAUGCUGAGCUAGAUUCCUACGAACUGGCUGAUCCCAUCAAUAUUCUCUCAAAAUUACCAAGUGAUUUCUUUGAGCAAAUAGAAGCCAAAAAGUGGCAGGAUCGUAAGGAAGCUCUAAGCCUAGUCGAAAAUCUCUCUGAUACUAUUCGUUUGGCACCGGGUGAUUACGGGGAACUGAUGAAAGCUCUCAUAAAAGUAAUCGCAAAGGACACUAAUGCCAUACUUGUCGGUCAAUGUGCCAAAAUUGUCACUCAAAUUGCUAAUGGUUUACGAAAAGAUUUCCAGCCCUAUUCUUCCGAGACCAUCAAAGUUUGCUUGGAGAAGUUCAAAGAAAAAAAGCCGACUAUUCUCAGUGCCAUUCGGAGUGCUGCUGAUUCUGCUCUCAAAGUCACCACCUUGGAUGCUGUUCAAGAGGAUGUGAUUGCAGCUACCUCUAAUAAAGUUCCCAGCGUGCGCGCUGAAACUUGUCUUUAUGUAGGCCGUGCCUUCGCCAACAUGACCGUCACAACUCUAAACAAAAAGUUGUUGAAGACAUUCAUUGGACCGCUGAUCAAAUGCUCCACCGAUACAACCAUGGAGGUCCGUGAAGCCAGUUUUUCCGCUCUUGGCACAGCCAUGUUUGUCGUCACAGAGAAGAAUAUUAUGCCCUUCCUUGCUGACAUAGACAGUAUACGAUUAAGCCGAAUCAAGGAAUUUUAUGAGAAAGCGGUUGAAGAGAGGAAAGAGGCUGGCACGACGGGAGGCGGUGGUGGAGGGAGUGGUGUUGUUGGGACCUCUAAACCACAAUUCAAGGUGGUAAAGGGGAAGCCAGCUUCUGCAGCCACAGCAGUGGCCACAGCCAAACUGACUACGACUGCUGCGGGUGGAGCGAAGUCGAAGCCUCUGGCCGGUGGCAACGACCUGCCCAAGGAACAGCUGAUUGCCGAUGACUCUAUUGAGCCACAAUUGACUGAAUUUUUCGGUGAGGCACUGCUGACCGAGUUGGCUUCUGCUAUGUGGAAGGAGCGACUUGCUGCCAUGGAAGUAACUCAAGCGAAGAUCCUUGCUGCGGACUCGUCACUUUCCUGUCAACUUGUUUGUCGAUUGAUGAUGCGCAAACCAGGUCUCAAAGAUAAUAACUUUCAGGUAAUUUCAUUCAUCUUACUGUCGGGAACCUUUUCUGUCCUGCGAAUGAAGGUGGAAGUGAUAACGGAGAUUUUGUUGGCUAGGAAGCCUGUCAGCGAGGUAUUGGUCGACCUCUUGUUGCCGGAACUUAUUGAAAAAGUCGGCGACUCCAAAGUCGGUGAGACAGUAAAGCAGGCCUUCACGGCUCUUGCGGAGGCGACAACCUUCGAGAUUGUCGGCACACAGGUCUUAAAUGCAGCCUUCCACCAAAAGAGCCCUAAGAAUCAAAUCGAAGCACUCAACUGGCUUUCUAGUGCGAUUAAGGAGUUUGGUUUCAAACUGAAUGCAAAACAAACGGUGGACUUCCUGAAGACAGGUUUGAGCGCAACCAACAUGUAUGUUCGUCAGUCCUGCAUCCAUCUCUCAGGCGUACUUUACAUGUACAUGGGCGCGACUCUGCGAACCCUCCUUGCGGACGAGAAGCCCGCAAUUAUCGCAUUGAUGGAGGAGGAGUGGGCCAAACUCAGCGACUCCAAGCCUCCUGCUCCCACACGUGGUCUUCGAGUGGUCAAGAAGAGCUCUGCUCCUGCUAGUGGUGGAGCUGAUGGCCAGGCGGAGGCCAGGGCAGAGCUUGAAGCAUCCCCAGAACAUGAAGAGCUUGUUGACAGAACUAACAUCAGCAAGAACUGGAAGGAGCGAAAGGAGGGCUUGAGUCAAAUAGAGGAAUUGCUGAAGGGCAAUCCUCUCAUUGCGGGUGGUUAUGAAAUGCAGGAGCCGCUUACUGUCAUCGCUAAAGUUUGCACUGAUGUCAACAAGAUCUUGGGCAAGACUACUCUUGGCCUGAUGGAAGCAUUUGCAAAGGCCUUUUCAAAGGCUGACGCCAGAAAACUUGUUAAGUGCGUUGAACCGUCCAUUUUGGCCUGUUUUGGCGACUCGAAACCAGUUGUUCGCGAAGCCGCUGUCGCCGCCUUGAGCGCUUGGAAGGAGCGCUGUGGAUUUAUACCAAUGACAGAAAACGACAUGCUGUCUGAAGCUCUGAGGGCGGAGAAUCCCUUUUUGCGCGCGGAGCUGCUCGGAUGGCUGACGACUGCAAUGGCCGGCUUGCAGCUGAGUGGCAAGGCAGCAAAUGCGUCGGGCCUCGCACCUGACUUUGGGCUCAACCUCGCUCUUGCAGUCUACGCAGUGUGCGAGGAACGCAAUCCCGACGCACGUCAGCGUGCUCACAAAAUCCUCCCCAUCCUCAUCCGCUCCCUCGGCUACGAUGUCAUGCAGAAGGCACUGAAACGCCUCAAGGCCACCUCCAUGGACGCCGUUACUCCUCUGCUGGAGAAGGCCAGAGAGCAGGUGACCGCCGAGGACGCCGCCAACCCUCCCCCAGAGGCUCCCAAGGCGAUACGAGGUGGUGGAGGGAAAAAGGAGGCUCUAUCGCAGCCAUCCACGUCUGAGGAGGUGGUUCCCGAACCCGUCACCCUCUCAGACAAUGCAACGAUGCCUGAUGUGGACGAGGAGACGUCAAUGGCAUCUACUGUGAAGCCCGCGGGAAAGAAGGUUACGACCAAAAAACCUGCCAUGACUUCGAAGCGCGCGGCUGCUCUAGAACAGGCCGAGGAGGCGGCGGCCGUUAUCCCCCUCCAAGUGAACAAACUCCGUGAAACUCGAAUGCUUGAUGAAAAGAAACGAAGGCUGCUAAAGUGGGACUUCGACACGCCAUCUAAGGAUCACACGCAGCAACUGAACACGCUCUUUUUAGCCGCUGGCGCCUCGCCAGACCUCCACGCGUGCCUCUUCCACACAGACUUCAAGCAGCAUAUCAAGGCUGUGGACACCCUCACUCGCCUACUAGACGGCGCCUGGUCAGCCGUGGAUGGUGAGGCUGCCACUCGUGCCAACCUUGAUCUCGUCCUCCGCUGGAUGACCCUGCGUUUCUUUGAAACCAGCCCCGCCUUCCUCUCCCGAGGUUUGGAAUACAUUCUUAAAGUAUUUAGUCGGAUGUCUGACGCAGGACAGCAUCUGACGGAGUACGAGGCCUCCGCCUUUCUGCCCUACCUCGUGAUGAAGGUGGGCGAUUCAAAAGAGAACAUUCGCAAGGAUGUGAGGGCUAUUUUUCGGGUCACUACGAGCAUCUAUCCACCUGAGAAGUUAUACGUCUACUUGGUCGGUGGUCUCAAGUCCAAAGUCAAUAAGGCCCGACAGGAGUGCUUGGAGGAGAUUGGCAGCAUGAUUGAACAUUUCGGUCUGAACGUCUGCCAACCUUCGCCUGCGGCAUCGCUAAAGGUGCUGGCGGCGCAAAUCAGUGACCGCGAUUCCGGCGUUCGCACUGCCGCUCUCAACGCCCUUGUCUGCGCCUACGCCAUCGUUGACGAACCGCUCUGGAAGAUGCUCGGGCAGUUACCCGAAAAGGAACGGUCAAUGUUGGAGGAACGUAUUAAGCGAACCGGAAGACAUGCCACUGCGGUUUCCACCUCGACGUCCUCUAAACGUUCUGCUUCCGAACGGCCAGUCAAUCGAAGGGACACGCAGGCAUACGCUUCAGCCGUUGUUGCGCAACAAUCGCAGCAACAGCAGCAACCAUACGGAGCGGGAGGUCCUCAGUCGCUGCAUGCGAUUGCUUACGCUCGGGCACAGCAUAUCCUUAGUGGACUGGGUGACCUCAACCCCGAACUCCCACCCGCCCUGCCAAACCUUCUCCAGUUCGACAGAGAUAUCAAUGAACUCUUCAAACCUAUCGAAAUUCCCGAACUCAAAACGCGGGACAAGCAAACAGUGCUGAAUUGUCUUCUUCGAACCAGCCCUGAUGCUGCCUCGGCUAUAACAAUGGUGGUUACCCAAAUCUCCUCCAAUGAUCUCAACGUCUGCUGCUACGCUCUGAGCCAAAUCGACACACUGUUGCAGAGUGACAAGUGGCAACUCCUAGUCGGCCAUAUAAAUCAAAUCAUCACCCUCAUAACAAUUCAACUGCGGCAGACAAACUCUCGUUUCUUUGACGAUCCUACCAUCCCCGAGAGCCAUCUGUCAACUGUCUUACGCUGCCUGCUGGUCACCACAGAAUCGAUUUUCAAACGUCCGUUGCUGGCACGAGAGGCCUCUCGGGAAUCGUUAAAGGAGUUUCUUUUUGCCUCACUUCAUCUGAUGGUGCACGAGAAGACCUCCGAGUUACCCGAGGGUAGUGGAAUUGUGCGAGCUAUUAACGCCAUCACCUUGCGUGUCAUUUUGGAGGCCAACAGCACUCGUGUUCUUGGGUUAGUUAUACACGAACCCCAUGCAUCAGGGAUUGCCUUCAUCCGGUUGCUGCAUGAGAGUGUGAGCGGUUCCCACUUCAACAACAGGUUCACCCAAGUUGUUCUCCGAAGCCUUUGGAAGAUUACUAAAGCUCUGCCAAAUACUGCUAACAAUUAUUCGCUUGAUCUCGUUCUUCUGGACUGUCACAACUUCCUUAAGGCCUUCCCAUCGUCCUCCUGGAAGGCCCGAAAAUCCGACCUCCCCCUCCGCACGAUAAAAACGAUGCUUCACUCUUUUUGCAGCAUCCGAGGGCCUGCUAUCCUUAAAUUUGUCGACUUAAUCCCAAAUAAGGAGGAGUCAGAGCUGGAAUCAUACAUGAAAAGAACCUUGAAAUCCCUAGCCAACGCAAAUGGAGGUAAGUUGCCGCCGGCUCUCCAAACAAGCCAGAAGCAACUCGCCUCCUCUCCGAAGUCGGCCGUUAUAAGUCCGGAGACCCACGCAAAGUUGACUUCGCUGUUUGCCAACAUUCUCGCCUCCAAAGACGAAUCGUACAUUGAAGAACUUUACGACAUUACUGCGGCAUAUCCCGAUCUGGAUCUGCAGCCCUUCCUGGUUGAUUCAACGCCCUUCUUCCAGACGUACGUCCGUCAGGCUCUCUACAAUGUGGGCCUCAGACGCGCACAUGCAAAUUCCAAGCAGACUACUAACGGCAAUCUCAAUGGAGUCAACGACAAACAGCCACCCCUUUGUGCGGAGGAGUUGGCCCAUCGGCCGGUGAACCCGAAACUCUUCAUGGAUCGUCUGGCCACUCUGCGUAAAGAGCUGGGCCUGGAGUCCGGGGCCAGCGACGACAACAGCCAGGAUGUGGACGCAGAAGGUCGACUCUCCUCCGGGACCUAUGGCAUCGGGAACACGGUUAUGGAAACCACUGCGCAGGAUGGGGCGCCAGGACGGGGUGAGGGUGGACCCAAUGCCCCAAUCACUAGUCGCCCGGGCGACCACCCCGCGGCCGGCGGUGGAAUUUCCCAAAAUGAGUUGAUGGACAUCCGACGGCGUCUGGAGAUGAUCAAGAAUGCUCAGACACGAGGCGAGGGCGGUCCAAGUAAACGUGCAGGCGCAUCCACGCAGAAAUGA